CCAAAAACCUCCAAAAUCACCCCAAAAUAAAAACCUCGUAACACCCCCGACGGACCCCAAUGCUUACUUAAAAAGCGAGCAAGAAAGGUUAGCCACUAAAAAGGCUCUCGAAAGAACCGAAGAGGAUAAAGACGACUUAAAACGGCAACUAGUCGCCCAACGGAAGAUUGAAAUAGAGAAAAAGCAUAAUAAAGAAUCUAACGACUUCAAAAGCGAAUUUAUUAAACUCCAAGAGCAAAAAGGCUGA